GGCUGUGGAAGAGACAUAAAAAAUGGACAAGCGUUGCUGGCUCUGGAUAAGCAGUGGCACCUGGGGUGCUUUAAGUGUAAGGCCUGCGGGAAGGUCCUAACUGGGGAGUACAUCAGCAAAGAUGGUUCUCCUUAUUGUGAAAAGGACUAUCAAGUUCUUUUUGGAGUCAAAUGUGAAGCAUGUCACCAGUUCAUUACUGGGAAAGUCCUAGAGGCAGGUGACAAGCAUUAUCAUCCAAGCUGUGCACGAUGCAGCAGGUGCAACCAAAUGUUCACAGAAGGAGAAGAAAUGUAUCUGCAAGGUUCCACUGUCUGGCAUCCCGACUGUAAGCAAUCCACUAAGACUGAAGAUAAGCUACGGCCUACAAGAACAUCAUCAGAAAGUAUUUACUCCAGACCAGGUUCCAGUAUACCUGGCUCUCCAGGCCACACUAUCUAUGCAAAAGUAGACAAUGAAAUCCUUGAUUACAAGGAUUUAGCAGCCAUUCCCAAAGUCAAGGCCAUUUAUGACAUUGAACGUCCAGACCUAAUUACUUAUGAGCCAUUCUACACUUCCGCCUACGAGGACAGACAGGAGAGACAGAGUCUUGGAGAGUCUCCAAGGACAUUAUCACCUACCCCUUCUGCAGAAGGUUAUCAAGAUGUUCGGGAUCGCAUGAUUCACAGGUCUACUAGUCAGGGCUCCAUCAAUUCUCCAGUGUACAGUCGUCAUAGCUACACACCCACCAUGUCACGUUCGCCUCAGCAUUUCCACAGACCUGGCAAUGAGCCGUCCAGCGGUCGGAACUCCCCUGUCCCUUAUCGGCCCGACAGCCGCCCUCUCACUCCAACUUACGCUCAGGCCCCUAAACAUUUCCAUGUUCCAGAUCAAGGUGUCAACAUUUAUAGAAAACCACCAAUCUACAAACAGCAUGAUGCAGCUGCUUUGGCAGCACAGAGCAAGUCCUCCGAGGAUAUCAUCAAGUCCUCCAAGUUCCCAGCAGCUCAUGCACCAGCACCCAACGAGAUACCAAAGAUUGAGACAGACCACUGGCCAGGUCCUCCCUCCCUUGCGGCCAUAGGAGCUGACAUGAGACGCAGAUCAAGUGGAAGAGAGGAAGAUGAUGAGGAGCUACAGAGACGCCGGCAGCUGCAGGAGGAGCAGCUCAUGAAGCUCAACUCUGGUCUGGGACAAUUGAUAUUGAAAGAAGAGAUGGAAAAGGAGAGUCGUGAUAGGUCAGCCCUCUCUGCCAGUCGUUAUGAUUCUCCAGGUAAUUCAUCACAUGCUUCAGCCUCCAAAACCUCUUCUCUCCCUGGCUAUGGAAAAAAUGGACUUCACAGGCCGGUGUCUACAGAUUUUGGGCAGUACAACAGUUAUGGGGAUGUGAGUGGUGGUGUUAGAGAUUUCCAGUCCCUUCCGGAUGGUCAUGUCCCUGGAAUGAGAAUGGACAGAGGAGUAUCUAUGCCUAACAUGUUGGAGCCAAAGAUUUUUCCAUAUGAAAUACUCAUGGUGACCAACAGAGGGAGAAAUAAAAUACUAAAAGAUGUAGACAGAACCAGACUUGAGCGUCACUUAGCACCUGAAGUUUUUCAAGAAAUAUUUGGCAUGACGAUACAGGAGUUUGACAAGUUACCUCUCUGGAGACGCAACGACAUGAAGAAAAAAGCAAAACUCUUUUAAUCUCCCUUUAAACAAACCAACAAAAAAUGAUGCAUAAGAUAUUGUAUCAUACAGUCCAAACUAUUUGGAAGUGAAGCAACUACUUAUCCACCAAAAAGGGAAAAUCGCAUAGUGGCACCUCUGUACACAGCAAUUGAACAAGAUGAAUGUUUGCCCUCGUGGAACACAGGGAGAAAAUAUCUGGGCUCAGAAACAACAAUGAUAGUUUUCAGAGGUGUCAACGUGUUACAUGAUAUUAUUCAAGAUAGGAAUCUGUUCUGUUCUUCUCCCUCAAUGAUAUUCCCUUUACUUCUCUCCACAAUACGAUGGACUUUAUUGCUAGAGCCAGGAAGUGCCCUUAGGAUGCCUUGUAGACUAAAGUAGUUGUAACCACUCGAAGAACUGGAAAAGAAUAUAUAUAUAUAAAAAAUAUAUAUAUAUGUAUGCGUGUCUGCGUGUGUGCGCACAUGUAUUUAUAUCUAUCCAUCUGUCUAUGUGUGU